AUUUAGAUUUAAAAGCAACACAAGUCCUUACAUUCUCAAGCAUCAAGAGCUCCUUCCCUUUCAAAGUCGAUUGAUCUCUCUUGUUCGUCCAUUACAAAAUAUGGGUUUCCGUCUGCCUGCUAUUCUUCGUGCUAAGCAAAUCCUUCAGAGGUCUCCUUCUGCAAAUCAAACAGCUUCAGUAGCCAUGGAUGUUCCAAAGGGCUACCUUGCAGUCUAUGUAGGAGAAAAGCAAAGGAAGCGAUUUGUGAUUCCAGUAUCAUACUUGAACACACCUUCAUUUCAAGACUUAUUAAUCCAAGCUGAAGAAGAAUUUGGAUAUGAUCAUCCAAUGGGUGGUCUUACAAUUCCCUGCAGUGAAAGCAUGUUCUUUGAUGUCAUUUCUUGCUUAAAUUGUUCAUGAGACUGAAACACUGAACACAAUUUUGUAAAGAAUAGAGUUACAAGUACAAUGUAUACAAAAGCAUUAGCAUUAAUCAAUUAUUUCUUAUUGUUUUAUUUCUUCCA